AAACUUAAAUCCCCCCUUCCCCUCCGCCAUUUGCAACUGUCUUCUUCUUCUUCUUCUUCUUCUUCUGGGAACAGGAAGAGAGCUUAUGGGAUGGAGGUUAAUUGCGGAAACGACAUUGUUGCACCUUUUAUUUUGAAGACUUAUCAGAUGGUCAACGAUCCCCUUACCGACACUUCCAUUACUUGGGGCUCUGCUAAUAACAGCUUCGUCGUUCUCGACCCUCUCCAUUUCUCUCAUACCCUCUUGCCUGCUUUUUUCAAGCAUAAUAACUUCUCCAGCUUCAUCCGACAGCUCAAUACUUACGGGUUUCGGAAGGUAGAUCCGGAUCGAUGGGAAUUCGCGAACGAGUGGUUUCUACGGGGCCAAUACCACUUACUCAGAAACAUUGUGAGGAGAAAACACUGUAGUAAUUCCGCCGUCAAAUUGGUUGGAGUUGGGGGGGAUAUGUCGGAUGAGGAUUUGGUGUCGGAGAUUGGGAGGUUGAGGAAAGAACAGAGGGCUCUGGAACACCAGCUCCAAGCGAUGAAGAAACGCCUGGAAACCACCGAGAAACGCCCCCACCAAAUGAUGGCGUUUCUUCAUAAAGUCGUGGAGGACCCUGAAAUUCUGCCCCGGAUCAUGCUCCACCGGGAUCCCACCCACCGCUUCCAAAUCCCCGAUAAGAAGAGGCGUUUCAUGACUUCCCCUUCUUCCUCUUCCCCCUCCACCGCUUCCUUCGACACCGACGAAAUCGAAGACGACCCCACCCGCCCCGAGGUGUCGGGGCCUUGGUUUCUGGAAGACCCGGCUGCGUUUGGAGUUCCGGCAGUGGCGCCGAUGGAUAUUGGUAUAAGCAGUAGCGGCGGAGAGAUGAAAUAUUUGACGGAAAUGACAGUGGGGGCAGUGGAGGAGAGUCGCCCACCACCGCCUUAUCCAUUUUCUCUUUUCGGGUGUGGAUUUUAGUUAAUUACUUCAUUUAAUUUCACAUCAUUUUCUUCCUUCUCGCAUUUUAUCUUUAUUAAUAAUUCCUUCCACUUCUCUUUCUUUUCUUUUUAUUUUCCCCAAUACAUUUGUAUAUCCA